AUGUCCAAUCCCCUCCCCUCCGUGCCUCCUCUGGCAAAGACUCCGACCGUUAUCCCGGUUGAUUCCUCCUCCGGACUUUGGGACCGCAUCACCUCUUGGGCUUCAGAAAACAAGGCCGUCGUUUAUACCGCUGCAGGUGUUGCCGUCGUCGCUACCGGUGCUGGCGUCAUCUACUUCCUCAACAGCGACUCCAAGAAGGAUGAUACACCAAAGCUGAGCAAGAAGGAGCGAAGGAAAAGAAGGGAGGCCGAACGCAAGGCCGCCGAGGCAGAGAAGGCCGCGCCCGCACAGAAGGAGGCUGCUGCGCAACCGACGGCCGCCGCCGAGAACCCCGAAGAGCUUCCCGAGAUCGACGAGACGUCCGUCCAGAGCUUCACCCAAGAAGAGCGAGAGAAGUACGCCGCCAAGUUGAAGGACGCCGGUAACAAAUCCUAUGGCGGUAAGGACUACAACCAAGCCAUCGAACUCUACUCCAAGGCCAUCCUCUGCAAGGCCAACCCCAUCUUCUACUCGAACCGUGCCGCUUGCUACAAUGCCCUCGGCGACUGGGACAAGGUUGUCGAGGACACCACCGCCGCCAUCAACCUCGACCCCGAAUACGUCAAGGCCCUGAACCGCCGUGCCAACGCCUACGAGCACCUCAAGAUGUACGGCGAGGCUCUCCUCGAUUUCACCGCCUCCUGCAUUAUCGACAGCUUCAAGAACGAGAACAGCGCACAGGCCGUCGAGCGCCUGCUGAAGAAGUUUGCCGAGCAGAAGGCCCAGGAGAUGAUGGCCAACCGCCCCAACAAGCUGCCCAGCCACACUUUCGUCGGUAACUACCUGCAGAGCUUCCGCGUCAAGCCCCGCCCGGCCGGUCUCGAGGACUCUAUUGCGCUGGACGAGGAGACUGGCAAGGGUCAGCUGCAGCUCGGCCUUGCGGCUUUGGAGAAGAAGACUGGUGACGGCUACGAGGAGGCGAGGGCGGCCUUCGAGAAGGCCCUGGAACUGGGUGAGCUCGAGGAGUUCGAGGCUCUCGCAUACAACCUCCGCGGUACUUUCAGCUGCUUGCUCGGAAAGCAUGACGACGCCAUGAGCGACCUGUCCAAGAGCAUUGAGCUCGACCCCUCCAUGACCCAGAGCUACAUCAAGCGUGCUAGCAUGAACCUGGAGCUUGGUGCCCCCGAGAAGGCUGCCGACGACUUCGACAAGGCCAUGGAGCAGAACGCCGAGGAUCCCGACAUCUACUACCACCGUGCCCAGCUGCACUUCAUCAAGGGCGAGUUCUCCGACGCCGCCAAGGACUACCAGAAGUCCAUCGACCUCGACCGCGACUUCAUCUUCUCUCACAUCCAGCUCGGUGUCACUCAGUACAAGAUGGGCUCCAUCGCCUCGUCCAUGUCGACCUUCCGCCGCUGCAUCAAGAACUUCAAGGACGUUCCCGACGUCUACAACUACUACGGAGAGCUGCUCCUCGACCAGGGCAACUUCCAGGAGGCUAUCGAGAAGUUCGACGCCGCGAUUGACAUGGAGUCGAAGACGAAGCCGAUGGCUAUGAACGUUCUUCCCCUUAUCAACAAGGCCCUGACCCUCUUCCAGUGGAAGCAGGACUUUGGCGAAGCCGAGAAGCUUUGCCAGAAGGCUCUCAUCAUCGACCCCGAGUGCGACAUCGCCGUUGCAACCAUGGCCCAGCUGCUCCUUCAGCAGGGCAAGGUCACCGAGGCUCUCAAGUACUUCGAGCGCGCUGCCGAGCUCGCCCGCACGGAAGGAGAGAUCGUCAACGCUCUGUCGUACGCCGAAGCGACACGCACGCAGCUCCAAGUGCAAGAGAAGUACCCCAAGCUGGCAGCGAAGUUGCAGGGUAUCAGCCCGGGUAUGCCCAGGUAA